AAAAAAGGGCUAAAAUUGAGCGUAUAAGAGAGUUAAAUGAAUCAAGAAAAAUAUAUAUGAAGACGGGAUUAAUUACUAAAGCGGAUGGAUCAGCUUAUCUUGAACAAGAACGAAUAAAAAUGGUUUCAGCAGUAUAUGGACCUCAACAAUUUAAGAAGGCGACGUCAUUUCAUUCAUCAGGUCGUGUCAAUUGUGAGGUUAAAUAUGCAUCAUUUGCGUUAAAACAGAGAUAUUCACAUAAUCGAGAAAUAAUUGAGAAAAACAUGUCUAUGCAUCUUGAAGCAGCUAUAUCACCAUCAAUUCAAUUGGAUAUUUUUCCAAAAUCUAUUAUUCAUGUUCAUGUUUUUGUUCUUGAAGCAGAUGGUGAAUCAUCCACUUUUGCAGCAGCGAUUACAUGUGCAUCAGCAGCUAUUGCAGAUGCAAGUAUAGAAUGUGUAGAUUUAGUUACAGGAUCAGCAGCAGUUAUUAAUAAAGAAAAUUGUCUUGUAAUGGAUCCUACAGAUGAUGAUGAAAUAGAAAAAAUGUUUUCAAUAGUUAUUGGAUAUAUGGCAGUAAGGGAUGAAUUAACAGAAUUAUGGUCAUAUGGUCUAGGAUUGAAUUCAAUAGAUGAAUCUAAAAUGGAUCAUAUUAUUAAUAAUUGUAUUUCUAUGGCUUUGGAUUAUCGGUUUGUAUUAAAUAAUGCUAUUAUGCAAACAUUAGAGGAACGAUUACGUUUAAAUGAAUUAAUGCAAAAAUAGUUUUACUUUUUUUUUGACUUUUUUCUUUAAAGAAAAAUGGGUUUUA